UCCCUUGACAUGGGGGGGCUGACGUCACAGGUGACUGUCUGAGCCUCUCAGAGGUGCUGGGUCAGUCCUCGUUUUUGAAAUUAGAACAAGCAGAGGAGGACGAGGCCUUCAACGAGCACUCUGCAUGAACAGACGAGAGAAGGGAGGGAGGGGGGAAGAGAGAGAGAGAGAGAGAGAGAGAGAGAGAGAGAGAGAGAGCACCUGCCGGGUGAAUGGAUCUCGCAAAGUUGCAUGAAUGAUAAGGAGAGCGCGGGGACUGGGUGAGACUUCUGACGGCAUGUCUGUCUCAGGAUCUGGCCACCAGUGGACUUGAUAGCUUCUCUGAGACUGCAGUGGCUAAGGGGCAGAUACCAGGGUUGUCCACUCAGAGCUAUGCAUCUGGUGGAGAAACAGCUAUCAGAGGUCUGACCGAGGAUUCGUGCGCCAGAGGGUAAAGUGUCUGUUGGCCUCCCUAUAUGUUCGGAGUGGUGGAAGGAAAUCAGUGGGGUAAAACACAGUCUGUUACUUCUGACCAUGGUUGUCAAGCAGGGAAGACAGUGGAGGUCCAUGUGUAAAGGCUUGGUCUUGGGUACACUUCUCACCAGCUGCAUGAUUCUGCUCUACUGCCUGUCUGCUCCUCAAGUCCACCUCAACCUCCCAGAGGUUCCUGUGCCUUAUUCCUGUGCACAUCGUCCCACCCCACCACACACCUCGUCAAUCACAAACAGCUCCCAGCGUCUCCCGGGACAGGCCAGCCUCUGCACCCCCAAAGUGGACAUCCUGUUCAUGAAAACCCACAAGACGGCCAGCAGCACGCUCCUCAACAUCCUCUUCCGUUUCGGAGAGAAGCACAGGCUCAAGUUUGCCUUCCCCGACAGCCGCAAUGACUUCUUCUACCCCUCGCCUUUCCAGCGCUCCCAGGUGAGGGAUUACAGACCUGGGAUGUGCUUCAACAUCAUGUGUAACCACAUGCGCUUCAAUGCCCCUGAGGUGGCCAGAGUGCUCCCCACAGACAGUUCCUACGUCACCAUCCUCAGAGAGCCAGCUGAGCUCUUUGAAUCCUCAUUCCACUAUUUUGGCCGUCUGGUGCCUCUGACGUGGAAGAUUCCGGGCGAGGACAAGCUAGCCGAGUUCCUGCGUGAUCCGCGCCACUACUUUGACCCGGAGGGCUUCAACUCCUUCUACCUCAAGAACCUGCUGUUCUUUGACUUUGGGCAGGACAACACUCUGGCACCGGACGACCCCAGAGUGGAGGAGGGCAUCAGGGUCAUCUCCGAGCGCUUCCACCUGGUCAUGCUGGUGGAGCACUUCGAGGAGUCCCUGAUCCUGCUCAAGGACGCCCUCUGCUGGGAGGUGGACGACCUGCUCUUCUUCAAACUCAACGCUCGCAAAGGCUCUACCGUGUCCAAGCUCACCCCGGAGCUGAGGGCCAAGUCCCGCGAGUGGAACGCCAUCGACUGGAAGCUGUAUCGACACUUCAACGCCACCUUCUGGAGGAAGGUGAAGGCGUACGGACACAAGCGCAUGGCCGACGACGUGGCCGAGUUGAAGAGGAGGAACGCGGAGAUGGCGGCCAUGUGCAUUGAGGGCGGCCACGCCGUGGAAGCCGGGAGUAUCCAGGAAACUGCCAUGCAGCCCUGGCAGCCUAUCGGUGAGAAGUCUAUCAUGGGCUACAACCUGAAGAAGAAUGUGGACAAGGCCUACCGGAAGAUGUGUCGGAAGAUGCUCACCCCAGAACUGCAGUACUUGACAGAGCUUGGGGUCAACCUGUGGAUCACCAGGCUGUGGGGCCAUGUGAGAGAUCUCAUCAACUGGUGACCAGAGACAUGAUCAAAAGGGGCCAAUUCACGAUUCGAGAAUGAGGUGUUAGAAGUGUUCAGGAGAAGUGUUUAGUGUUUGUGACAGUGAUGAGAAGGGGGAUGAGAACAGGCCGUCACCAGGCUGUCACGGUCUGGAUGUCGUUAGUUCUGUGUUUUAUGUUUGUUGUGUUAUGGCUGCGUCUUCAAUCGCGGGUUUGUGAACUUUUGUUUUUGUUUAAUGUCAAAUGUAUUGAUUCCAUCGACCUGUUUUGAAAAAUAAAAUGUUUCCGAUGGGUGCUAGAAAGUUGACCUCACAAUCUGAACACAUGGUGAUGAGUGUCCCCUAAAAGUACCUUUUUCCCCUUUUAAAACAUAUUGGUGUUGAGUGGGGUUUAACUUCUUAUUUGUAUUGAUGUUUAGAUCUUUUUUGAUAGUAACAUGAUGCUGACCAAGAAUAAACAUGCAAGAACCUCUUUUAUUGGGCCAAAUAAGGUCAAAUAAGGAAUUUCCUCACACUCAUGCCAAUCUUUUCUAUUGAUAAUCUCUCGGUGUCUUCAACAAGUAAAGACAAAUUAAACACCUCAAUCUCUGUUGUGUUUUUCAAGAUUGUAUAUGAA